CAGCCUGCGCUGUUGCCAACCUAUUGCGUUGGCGCAAGGUGUACGCUCGUCAACAUCCAAAAGUCGUCCCGACAGUAUAUCGAUUAGUUGACAAUCGCGAAUAUCUCGUUGUUUUCUGUCAACAUUAACUACUUUGUUUCGGUUUAACAUGGUUUACGAUUUUUAACGGCCAACUCGAGAGCUAAACAGCUUCGAAGUGCUACGAGCAGACCUUACAGCCACAUGCUAAAGUUGCGGCUGGUCUCCACGCAUUUCCUCAAACAGCCGUAGAUUAUAAUGUGUCGUGAUAGAGAUAUGAACCCAUAAUUUUCGAAAACGUCAUCCGCAUCGUAGUUUCUGUCAUUUUUAAACCGUAAUUGUAUUUUAAAAAAUCGUUACUCUAGUAGUCCGUGUUUUUUGUUUCUAAUUACAUAGCACAGUUGUCCACGUAAGGAGAACGAGAGUGUAAAGCAUGAAAGGUCCUUCGCGAAGGGAAGAGCAACCGCAAAAAUUCGUAGCCCGUAUCGACUACGAUCACAAAAUAUGUAAAGUGAAAAAGAUCACUUUACCUGUCGCGAACAAACAGCCGUCGGUUACGACAACGACCUUUGACGAAUUCAAAGCUUCAUGCAAAGCCAGAAAACGGAAGGAGCGACAAGAGAGCAUAAGUUCCUUAUGCCAGGAAAGAAAAGUUAUCAGAUCAAAUUCCGAAGAGAGACCGGUUCACAAUAAAUCCGUCGAAACUCGGACGAACAUACGUCGCGUUUCAAGCUCGGGCGAUUUCCCGAAAUCUGCAUCGAUCGAAAAAAUCAGCGUGUCACCGAACAGAAUACCGACGUGUGAAAAAUGGCUCACUUACGACGAUGGCGAAUAUGAAAAACGACGAUCUCACGAGAGAUUCGCAAAACCUCACACCAUCAAGAAUAAGAGGCAGCCAAGCAAACGUCUGAGGAUGCGAUAUAAUACCAAAGUCAAGAUAAAGGCCGAGACCAUCAACGAAAAAGAUUAUGGCAAAAGGUUUAGUCUGACGCAUAACCAAGGAACUUUUCCAUAUCUGUGCUCUAUGGCAGCUGAACACCCUAAAGACCACGAAGGCAAAAAAUCGCCAAACCAUCUGAAUCUAGGCGAACAUGAGGCAGAACCCACACACAGCCCAAAUCACACUCCAGUCUCGCCCGUAUUGGACUUUUCCACCCUUUAUGAACAAGUGGAUUGCUCAGAACCCGUGCUGUCUUCUACUACCCGACACGUCAAUGAGAAUAUGGAGACGUUGCCGAGUCUUGCCAUCGCCACGAACAGGUCCCUUUCGUCGCCACGUAAUUCCAUAAUAGCCACUCACAAAAUCUACUUGGACCCUGACAUACCCCACAUGAAUGUAUCUUUGGAAAAGUUGCCCCAGAGUCCCAUGCAAAGGUUGCACAAACAAAUAAACAGUAUAAAGAAAAAAAUAAAAAAUUACGAGACCGAAUUUGAGACAGCACGCGGUUUUAAACCAUCGCAAAUCGAUAAAUUAAACGAUUCGUGUUUAAGGAAACUAUACGGGGAGUUGAGCAAGUUGAAGAAGGAAGAGAAACAAAGGUUGGAAUUGCCUGAAAGUGGUUCGAUGAUCGAUUUUGAUGAAGCAACAUGUGAACGUGGACGAAAGUUUAGCCUGCAGGAUACCGUGAAUGAAAUACAGCAGAAACUGGCCCAAAAACGAGAAUCAGGAAAACGAUCUAUUAAGUUAGAGGAAAUGACAUCCGAUCAGCUAGUUGAAGAGAAGGUGUCCAUGCAAAAAGCUCUCUUAUACUUAGAAUCUGUGCAUGGGCGAGCCCAAAGUAAAGAGGACAGAGAUGUCGUCCGACCUUUUUAUGACCGAUACAGAACCCUUAAACGAAUGGUGGCCAAGCUGUCUAUUGCGAAUACUACUGUCACUGAGCUCGCGACGAUCGAUGAGAAUGAAGCCAUGCAUUUCAUAACACCCACAUCGUCGUCAUACGACACCGAAUCCGAAAAAACAGAAAAUCCAAGGCACAUUGUAAAAGCACCGUCUAAUAGUAGCGACAGUGACACGGAGUCCUCUUUUAGCGAAAACUUCCAUUCGCUAUCUAAAGCGGAACUGGCCGAGCAACUAAAAAUCGUGGUUGAAGAGAAAAAACAAUUGAGGCGUACAAUUAAGGAGUUUGAAAUAGAUGUGCAGGCAAAAACGGGUAGAAUGUUAACGAGGGAGGACAAAGUACCAAUUGAAAAUGUAUAUAUGGCUUAUAAAAAAGCGAAAGGCAAACUGCGAUUGAUCGAAGCACUUAUUGGGAAACCAUAAGUUCAUUUAGCUGUUAGGUUGGUCAAUAAAUGCUUAUUAUAAAAUCUUCUCCAAGGAUCUUUUUCGUUUCUUUAUUGUUGAUUUGGCAAA